AUGGGCCUUGAUAAGGAAACCAGUAAAGGAGCAAAUGUGGAAGACAUCAAACUGGCCAUGAUGGGACACAUUAAAGAUGGAUAUACGACGUUUAACAUCCUGAGUGAUGAACAUGUGAAAAAGAUGAGGGAUGUCAGACUGGCAGCCAGAGACAUGGGAAUUCCUGAAGUGGCCAUUCUCACCCAAAUUGACAAAGUCUGUCCAGAGGUCAAAAAAGACAUAAAGAACGUGUAUAAGAGAAAGUACCUGAAGAAACAGAUGGAGAGAUUUAGUGUGGCGCUGGGUACUCCACUGUACUGCAUCUUUCCUGUGAAGAACUACGACUCAGAGAUCGACACAGACGAUGACACUGAUACACUGGUACUUAGUGCACUGAGGCAGAUCAUUAACUUUGGAGAUGACUUUGUCAUCAACCUGUAG